GUAUUAACUUUGAACUGAAAGUUCUGAACAGAUUUCGGAUCUUUGAGAAAUGGAACAAGUAUUUAAAGUGUUUCUGCUACUGCUUCUAUGCCAAUCUCUGCUGGUAUCGGCACAGAGCUCCUAUGAGGAUUUUGUUUCCCUACAAUCUCUCACAGAAUCUUGGCAGAACAAACCACCAAGCUGGGUGGGUUCAGAUCCUUGUGGCAGUGGCUGGGAAGGAAUUCGAUGCACCAAUUUAAGAGUGACCUCAAUAAUAUUAGCAAGCAUGAAUUUGGUCGGCAAGCUGUCUUCAGAUAUCCAGUUAUUAUCUGAGUUAGACACAUUGGAUCUCUCUUACAACAAGGGCCUGACAGGAACAAUUCCGAAAGAGAUUGGAAAUUUGAGAAAAUUAAAAACCCUUAUACUGGUUGGUUGUAGUUUCUUUGGCAGUAUUCCCGAUUCAAUAGGAUCUUUGCAGCAGCUGAAUUUUCUAGCUCUGAACUCCAACCAGUUCAAUGGAAACAUUCCACCUACCAUUGGCAAUCUAUCCAAUAUUAAUUGGCUAGACCUUUCUGAUAACCACCUUGAAGGAGCUAUCCCAAUCUCUGGGCAAGGAGUACUUGGACUUGAGAAGCUGCUUAAGGCAAAGCACUUUCACAUGGGAAACAACAGGCUCUCAGGUGGAAUCCCAGCUCAACUUUUUCAUUCAGAUAUGAGUCUGGUCCAUGUGCUUUUUGACAGCAAUCAAUUAAGUGGCGGUAUGCCUAGUACCAUUGGGGUGGUGAACUCAUUGGAGGCAGUCCGUUUUGAUAGGAACCAACUAAGUGGAAGUGUACCGUCGAAUAUCAGCAAUCUCAGAAAUCUUAGUGAUCUACUAGCUCGCAACCGGAUUUGCCUUGAAGCAGAAGCUUCUACUGAACGUUACUGCCAAGAAUCCCAAUCCAAUUCCAUAUAUUCAACGCUGCCAAAUAAUUGCUCACCUCCUCCUUGCAGUUCUGGUCAGAUUUCCAGAAAUGAAUCAAAGAAGUCGUCCCAUAUAGGGAUUAUAGUUGGCGUAGUAGUUGCUGUUGUGGUCUUUCUGGCAGUAGCACUCCUUGCAGGGAUAUAUGUUGUACGUCAAAAGAAAAGAGCAAAAGGGUCCGCUGAGCUGAACCCUUUUGCAAACUGGAAACUGAAUAAGAACAACGGCAUGGCUCCUCAGUUAAAAGGAGCACGAUGGUUUUCUUUAGAAGAGCUGAAGAAAUACACCAACAACUUCUCUGAAGACAACACAGUUGGAUCUGGGGGCUACGGAAAGGUUUACCGAGCUGUUCUUCCCACGGGAGAACUAGUUGCCAUCAAACGGGCUGCAGAAGAAUCCAUGCAGGGUGCUGUAGAGUUUAAAACUGAGAUUGAACUUCUAUCAAGGGUCCAUCAUAAGAAUCUUGUCGGUCUUGCGGGUUUCUGUUUUGAGAAUGGUGAACAAAUGCUGGUGUAUGAGUAUAUCCCAAAUGGUACUUUAAUGGACAGUCUUUCAGGAAAGUCUGGGAUCAGAAUGGAUUGGAUGAGAAGGCUUAAAGUAGCCCUGGGCGCAGCCAGGGGUCUGGCCUAUCUUCAUGAACUUGCCAACCCACCAAUCAUACACAGGGACAUAAAAUCAAGCAAUAUUCUGCUUGAUGAGCACCUUAACGCAAAAGUCGCAGAUUUCGGACUCUCCAAGCUUCUUGUUGAUAGUGAAAGGGGGCAUAUCACUACUCAAGUCAAAGGGACAAUGGGUUACUUGGAUCCUGAGUAUUACAUGACCCAACAGUUGACUGAAAAAAGUGAUGUAUAUAGCUUUGGAGUGCUGAUGCUGGAACUAGUGACAGCAAGAAGGCCAAUAGAGAAAGGGAAAUAUAUUGUGAGAGAGGUACAGAACGUAAUGGAUACAACAAAAGAACUAUUCAACCUCCAUUCCAUCAUAGAUCCAUUCAUCAACAAAGUAACUCCACGUGGUUUGGACAAGUUUGUGGAGCUGGCAAUGAGGUGCGUCAAAGAAUAUGCAGCUGAGAGGCCAUCAAUGGCUGAGGUGGUAAAGGAAAUUGAGAAUAUAAUGGAGCUCGCUGGAUUGAACCCUGCUUCUGAAUCAGAUCCAACAACAGAAGAAAUUGAUAUGGAUGCAAAUGGCGGCAAGUUACGCCGUCCUUAUGCCCAUGAUGAAGGCUUUAGCUAUAGUGGAGCCUUUCCUUCAACAAAGGUAGAACCUCAGUGAUAUUUUUGCCUUUUUUUUUUUCGGUGAUGUUUUUGCAAUUGUGGUGCAAUCGCUGAGCACUGGUGUGUGA